AAAAAGGCAGUCAUCCCGCCGCCGAACAAACCGACCCCCUAAAAAAAAAAACCCCCACCAGCCAGCGAUGGCCGGCGCCGGCGGCUUCCUUGCGGACAUGAACGACGGCUGGUUUAAGCCGCGUCUGCUCCGUGCAGUGGUCAGCGAGCGCCUGCCGAAGGCCGGGAGUACCGUACCGCCGGCGGAGCUUUUUUCCAUCCUCGAGGCGGUGCGCACGCACGGCCUCCUCACCGAGAGCCACCUGGACGCACUGGACCACAAGCUCGCCGAGGCCUGGCGCGCCGCGGUGGACUCCUGGGUCGAUCGCGUCGUCGAGCUCAUGGCGAGCGACUCGCCAUACAGCUGUUGGCUGGGUACUUGCUUUCUCGGUGUGACUUUCCAAGAGUGCAGCAAUAUGCGCUUUCUGCAAUCAUACUCUGAUUGGUUUGAGAAGAUUCUACGAAACUUGCAGCAGGAACAAUCUAGCUUGGAACUUGUUACUGCGGUCUCUUGUACUUCCAUGUCUGAUUUAUUCGUGAGGUUGGCAAAUUUUUUGAACUUAAAGAAAGAGGCAUCAUCCUUUGCUGGAAGAGUUGUUGAACUAUUACUGCUACUUUUAAAUGAAAAUGGUCCAGUUGUGGAUGAAGCAGUUGAUUUGCUGACGACUGUUAUUAAGUUGUACCCCUCAUCUGUAAAUAGACACUACAACAGAGUUGAAUCUGCCAUUGCAGCAAAGAUUAUGAGUACAGAAGUCAAUGUAAAAUCAUCAAAGAAAUUUGCUAGGGCCUUAGCAUUGUUACCUUCUGUCCGAGUAUCUGAGGGCACUUGGUCGCUAAUGAUUCAAAAGAUACUUAUUGUGGUAAACAAUCUGUUGAACGAUGCUUUUCUGGGGCUUGAAGAAGAAACGAAAGGCCGUGAGAUUAUGAUGUUACUAGUUCCACCUGGUAAUGAUCCUCCACCAGUGUUCGGAGAUGGAACACGGUCUGGAGGAAAUUUGCAUGUGACUAAGAAAUUUCGCGUCUAUACUGUUCCUACCAUUUCAGCCCUUGUCCAUUGCUGCUGCGUGAUGCUGACUAGUUAUUACCCGGUUCAGAAGGUCAAUGUUCCAAUACGCGCUUUGGUAGCUCUGUUACGGAGGGUGUUGUUAGUUGAUGGAUCAUUGCACAAAAAGUUGUUCCCUUCAACUACUUCCUUGCAACAAGAGCUUAUUUGUUUUGAGCUUCCAUCAUUGCAUUCAUCAUUCUUGGAUUUGCUUACUGCAACUAUCAAAGCAACACGAAGCCAACUUUUGCCACAUGCUGCUAAUAUUGUACGGCUUGUAAUGGAUUACUUCAAAAUUGCGAAGUUGCCUACUAUGAGGACAAAGGUUUACAGGAUCGUGCAGCUGUUGCUGACCUCCAUGGGUGUUGGGAUGUCACUGCACUUGCUUGACGUAAUGGUCAGCAAUGCAGUUGGUGAUCUGGAUGAUAGUUGUGUAAAUGACAUGACUUUAUUCAGCACAAAUCCAUCAAAAGUGACCAAUGAAUCCGCGUCAAAAAGUUACUCCAAGAAGAGGAAGCAAGAAUCACAAAUUCAAAACUCACAUGCCUCAGGUUUGGAGAAAGCAGCAAUCAGCCCAAAGAAAAGAAAAAACUCUUCCAUGCCAAACACAUUGAAGGGAAUGAUGACCCUUGAAACUGCAUCAAAUGUUAGAAUGUUGACUCCACUGAGUGUCAAAAUAGCUGCGUUAGAAGCAUUGGAAAUUCUUCUAAAUGUGGGGGGGUCAUUGAGGACAGACCGCUGGAGGGCAAAAGUGGACUUGCUCCUAAUUAACAUAGCUAGAAGUGCUUGUGACGUGGGAGUGGGAUAUGGGCAAAGGACAUCCACUGUGCAGGACAAAAACAUAUCAGACUUCCGACUUGUUUCCUUGAAGGCACUGCUGGCAUCUUUUCUUUCUUCUCCUCAUGCCCGCCCACCUUAUUUAGCCCAAGGAAUUGAACUCUUCAGAAAAGGGAAGCUAGAGAUAGGCACUGGGCUUGCAGAGUUCUGUUCGCGUGCUUUGCUGGCUUUGGAUGUUCUUGCGCACCCGCGGGCCCUUUCUCUAGAAAGGGCAGGUCCUGUACUCGAUUGCCGUGCACCAGAAAAUGCAGUUUUUGGUGCUGGCGCAUGUAAGGUUUUACCAUCUCGAGGCCAGUGUCAAGUUAUGGAGGAUGAAGAUGAUUGGUUGGUAUCCACCAAGGAUGUUGAGCCAACAGCGGUCAGGAUGUUCCACAAUGAAAAGCAAAGCACUCUUGUCAAAGAAGAUCCGCAAAUUGAUUCAUUUGGAGAGGCUGUACAAGAUGUUCCGGCAUACAACAAGAGUGAUGCCAGUAUGGUGGAUUUAGCCACAGAAGAAACUUACAAGCUGAACAAAGUGGAUAAUCCUUCUAUUUUGCAUGAUGUUUCAACUCCAAUCUACUCCAAGCUACCUGAAACACGCAAACCUGGAGUUGCUCCAGUUUCCGAGGAAAAUCGCACUCACCAGGUUGAUCAUCUUCAGAACAGAAGCUUCACUGUGACUGAACCAUCUGGCAAACUGGGUUCCUCAGGUGGAGCACCAUCUGGCCAGGGUGUUGCUUCAAGCAUCCAUAAGGCACCAGAGAGCUCGCCAUCCUGCUUCACCCAGCCCAGCAAACCAAUCUUGCCCGACGCAGAGUCGGAAGACUCCAUGCCAGACAUAGUUGACACUGAUCCGGACUCCGACUAGCCAUGUAUACUAUCUGUGGCUGUGAGAGACCUUUGAGUUCACCGUAGAAUUAUAGAUCAUAAUGACAUUGUAGACCUUAAUGACCAUAAUGUUCUGUUCUGUUACUUUCGGUGCCUAUGAAACUUGCAUGAUUUAAUUUCUUUACUGUAACGCAUGGUGUGCUGAAUCUGCUGUAGAUCUGGUAUUCAAAAUUCAAAGUUUCUUGUUUGA